AUGUCAACCUCAACGAGCCCAUUUUUGCUGUACGGGACAUUCUGGAUAACGCUAAUAUUUGCAGCUAAUGCACAGCGUCCACCCGUCUCGAUCGACUCAUCAUCACCAAACGGUUGGCUAGUGUCAGAUCUUUUGCACACGGAUGUGGUGACUCCAUUCGAGUUGCUCACCCUUCAACCAUCGCCCGAAAGCUCAUACUUUACAAUAAACAACAAGAGUCAGAUUCUUGUCAACAAGCCUUUAUCCGAGCUGAUCAACAAGCGUUUCCCUCUCUAUUUUCUUGCCUCACGUGCUCCAUUUAAACGAGUUGUCGUCGUGAAUGUGAAUGUUGUCGAGAGAUUCACAAAAUUCACCAAAACCGAUUACUUGGCCGAGAUCAAAUCGAAUAUUAAACGCGAUGAAGAAAUCGAUUUCGGAGAAGUGAUUCAACUGGCUGAUUUGUCGAGGAACGAGAUCCGCUACGUCGCCGCAACACCGAUUGCCGAGUUUCCCAUCAAAAUCGUGAACAUUCGCGAUGAGAGGCACCGACAUAUAGCAAAGGUCUACAUGACGCGACAAAUCCGGAAAAGUGACCCAAAUGAGUUCACCUUUUUCCUCAACGCUUUCAAUGGAAAAGAGGAAUUGUUGGCGACGACAAGAGUUCGAUUCAAAGUUUUGCCUGUACUCUCGCGAGCACCGGAAUUCGAGCCGAAAAACUGUGAUCUAGUUUUGCCGAGAAUUACAGCGCACACGAGUCUGACACGAGUGACGGCUAGCUCAAACGCUGGCGGAGUCGUGAUUUUCCGUGUCGAGCCCGAGUCAUCGCAUUUUGAUGUCUCCCCAUUGCAUGGGGAUAUUUUCUCGAAAAUCUCGCUCAUCUCAGGCAAUUACACGUUUAAUGUGGUGGCGAAUGAUCGAGAGGGACAAGAAACAAAGUUGUCAUGCAAGAUUUCGAUCGUUGUGGAAAAGCUGAAACGAAAUGCUCGCCAACUGAGCCAACAGCUCACAAUUCGAGUACCAGAAGAUCAUCAAAUUGGAUAUUUAGAUAAAAUGAAAACCACGGAAAAACUGCUGAACUCGCCGAUUGUUAAAGAUUCGUUCACCGUUUGGUCCGAUGGGAAAAUCGAGUUGACGAAGCCGCUAAACUACGAGAAACAACAAGAACACUCGACUGUCCUCGUUUUGCAAGGGCAUCGCGGUGCACGAGAGAUCCUCCUCCGUCUCAUUGUUGACAAUGUCGAUGAACCGCCCGCGUUUGUCAACGGACCGAAACCCUAUUUGGCGGUGGUACCGCUUGAUCGACCCAUUGGAUUCCACGUCUACAAGUUCGAUGCCCGAGAUGAGCUAGGUGAUGGAGAUUCGGACGUUGAAUACACUUUGAUCAACACUGAACCUCCGGGAAUGUUCACCGUUGACUCGACGAGUGGCGUUGUGAGAACGGCGGUGAAAAAAUACAAAGAAAAACACGUGUACAAGGCGUUCAUUCAAGCACGAGAUAAGACAACGAUCGGGAAUGUGACACAACUCUCCGAAGUUGCUGUGCUCGAGAUUCUGGCCGGUGAUCGUCCUCCACAAUUCGCGAAGCAAAAAUAUCUCGUCUCUCUAUCAGAAGAUAAUCUAAUCGAUUAUAGUGUGGUCGAUGUACGAGCGCACGGAUUUCGAUCGAUUGACGAGCGACGAAGCAAAGGGCCGAUCACGUACAAAUUGUACUCGACAGCCAAUGGGGACAGAGAAGAGAGCUCAUGGUUUGGCAUCGACGCCAAUUCGGGAAUCGUUCAUUUAAGGAAAUCUCUUGACUAUGAUGAUCCUGGACAUCCGAAAACGCAUCAACUUAUUGUGAUUGCUCAAGAAGACGGAAAAGAAGCGAUAGUUCCACUGGAGAUCAACAUUGCUGACAUCAAUGAUAACUCACCGAUUUUUAGUCGACCACUCUACACGGCUCAAGUAAAAGAGGACAUUCCAGCUGGUACUUUAGUACUAAAAGUCCACGCUGAUGACAAGGAUUCCGGAGUGAACGCGAAAAUUCGCUACCGACUCGAGGACGGGAAUUUCACGAUAAACGAGCACGGCGAGAUUUCACCAAAACGUCGAUUGGACGCCGAUCAGAAUAAAGAGCGUUUCUUCAUCUACAAGUUCAACGUAAGCGCUGAAGAUGGGGGAAAUCCGUCGAGAAGGGGAACGGCUAUGAUUCACAUCCGAACUGAGAACACGAAUGAUGAGGCGCCUGUGUUUUUGCCUACCGCUCAGUACACAGCUUGGGUGGCUGAAGAUGCGCAAGGAGGCACACCAGUUGUGCAAAUACAGGCCAGAGACCCGGAUCGAGAUCAAGUCGAGUACGCGUUUUUACUCGAUGAUGGAUCGGAAGUAGUCGAGACGAGGCUAUUCAAUAUUGACAAGGACACAGGAUUGAUCAAAUUACGCCCGGGUGUCGAGGCUGAGGAUCUGUUGAGAGAUCAUUCUCCGUACAAUUUAACGGUAUUGGCAAGGGAUGAUGGGUCGUGUUGCGAGGGGAAAAGCUCGACCCACACCGCCACCGCUACGGUAUUGAUUGGCAUCGAAGACGUGAACAACAAUAAACCGGAAUUCCGCGACUGUGACCGUUACAGUAAAAUCGCCAAGAUUAAAGAGGGUGUUUACAAGAAAAAUCCGCCAACAAUUAUUAAAGUCGAGGCAGUCGACGAAGACUCAUCGUCAAACGGUCAAAUCGUUUACUCACUCUAUUAUGCCCAGUCGGAGAGCAGAAAACCAUUCAUCAUUGAUAAACAAACGGGCGAGCUGAAACCGUCACCGCACGUGAUUUUCGAUCGAGAAACCCGACCGAGAGAAGAAGUCACUGUUAAGGCAACAGAUCGAGGCGAGCGUCCAUUGAUCGGUUUCUGUCAGUUUACUGUGGAAGUUGUUGAUGUCAACGAUAACGCUCCACAAUUCGAUCGAGCCAGCUAUGAGACAAGUGUGAGUCGAUCGGAGACAAUUGGAACCUCUGUCGUGACAGUGUUCGCUUUUGAUCAAGACGCUCCACACAAUGCCCGUAUCACUUAUCAAUUGGCUCCUGAUCCAUCAGCGGGAGCUGAGUUUAGCAAGGACAUCUCCUAUUUCGAGCUGUUAAACGGAAACUCUGGAGAGAUCACUCUGAUCAAUCCGAUUCCAAAAGAUCUUCACAAAGAGCGUUUCCAAUUUAAUGUGAUCGCCACAGAUAAAGGAGUGCCCGAGGCACAGAAUUCGACUGUACAAGUGACAAUCAAAAUCCAUGAAAAGGCUCAGCACGCGCCUCGAUGGCAAUCGAGUCCCGAUUGUCGUGAUGUGGUGACCAUUGUUGAGAAUACUGAACUAAACAAAGUGCUCCUCCGGUGUCACGCGGUGGCCGGCGACGGCUCGGGCAGUUCGAUUGUUUACAAACUAACAGCCACCGAUCCUUUGAGGGGAGUGAAAGCGGAUGCGAAAUUUCGUCAAUUCAGUCGAAUCGAUGAUGGAAGGGAAUGGGUUGAGGUGGCGAUUAUGGAGACACUCGACUACGAGCAAGCGCACAACUACACCCUCACCCUGACGGCUACGGAUGUGAACUCGCAAGUGUCAACCUCGAGAAGUUUUACCGUUCUUGUCGAUGAUGCGAAUGAUGGAGUGCCACAGUUCACCGUCGAUCUCUUUACGGGAACUGUUGAUGAGGAAUUGACACCGGCUGAAUAUCUAGAAAAGUUCAAGAAUCGUCCAAUCACUACGCUGAAAGCCGUCGACUCAGACUCGAAUGGGCCACAAAAUGAGGUACAUUACCGUAUUCUUGACGUAGAUCCGAUCGCCUCUCGACUUUUCCGAAUCGACGAAGUCACUGGCGAAAUUUUUCCAAAUUCGAAAUUUGAUCGAGAGCAAAAAGAUAUGUACAUUUUGACGAUUGAAGCUCGGGAUAAUGCGCCGAGCAGCUUGCCUGGAGUGCAUGGACCGAAUAAAGAUAAUGUAAAAGUGCAAAUUGUGAUCGGUGACGUGAAUGACAAUGCGCCGACUUUCGAUGAGCCGAAAUACACGGGCAGAGUAACCGAAAGCGCUGAACCGGGCCACGAAAUCAUCACGGUGAAAGCGCACGAUUUGGACAAACACUCAAAUCUCCGCUACGAUCUGACUGGGGCUUUCGGGGGUCGGAUUCCGUUCGGUGUGCGAACGGAUAGUGGAGCGAUUUUCGUGAAAGAACCACUCGAUUAUGAAAAGGAAAGUGUCUACCAAUUGCGUCUUCAAGUUUCCGAUGGCCGUCACAAUACGUCAACCGAUGUGCACAUUUAUGUCGAUGAUGUUAACGAUAAUCCUCCUGUUUUUGAAUUUCCAACUUACACAACGACCAUCCUCGAACAAGACAAAAAUGUGCCUAAAGUGCUCUUCCGGGUCAAUGCAACUGAUGCUGAUAAGGAUGAGAAAUCUCGUCGAAUCAUUUAUCGUUUGGAGGGACAAGGAGCUGGAGAAUUCUUUCGGAUUGGACGAGAAACUGGAGAGAUCGAAUUGAUAAAAGAAUUGGAUCGUGAUCCACCGCUUGGCGUGGCCACGUGGAAAUUCAUCGUUCAAGCUGUUGAUGAUGAUGGUCGAGGAUUGAUUGGAUACGCUGAUGUCCAGGUGAAACUAAAGGACAUCAACGACAACGCGCCAGUUUUCCCUGAGAAUCUCUAUGGGACGAUUGAGGAGAAUAGAGAUUUAUAUUCCCGAGACGGAGUUUAUAUAAUGGACGUUCGAGCACAGGAUUUCGACGAUCCAGCCACGGAUAACGCGAGAUUGGAGUACUCGAUCUUUGUCAAUAAAGAGCUUGAUGGAGAGCCGGUUUUCCGGAUUGAUUCGACGACCGGGAAAAUCUUUGCCAUGAGAAAACUCGACCGGGAACUGCCAUCGGAGAAACAAUUUGUGAUCAAAGUUCGAGCCACAGACAAAGGCACCCCACCAUUAGAGGGCUUUGGCAACGUGACGAUUCGUGUCUUGGAUAAAAACGAUAACGCUCCUUACUUUGAACGAGCGCUUUAUCGAGGCCAAAUCGCGGAAACGGCUCGAGUUGGAGAGGCGGUGAUGAGUGUUUUGGCUUUCGAUCCAGAUGAUGAAGCUAUUGACAACGUGUUCACAUACACUCUGAGCGAUGAUUCGAAUCGUUAUUUCUAUAUGACAACGGAUGGUGACUCGAGUGGCGGAUCGGUGGGAGUGCUUCGAGUGAAACAGCCCCUCGACUAUGAGGACGCGACACAAAGGGGUGGAUAUCAAUUGGAAGUAAAAGUGUCGGAUGGGAUUCACGAAGCGAGAACGAGACUCGAGAUUGAGCUGCUUGAUCGAAACGAUCACGCACCGGUGAUAGAUGGGCCGACAGAGAAGACGAUAAAAGAAGAUGCGAAAAGGGGACAUUUCAUUGCAAAGUAUACAGCGAGUGAUCGAGAUGACAAGGAUACGGCCAGGACGACAAAUUGCCCA